CGUAUAUAUGCAGAGCCUGAAACCCUACGAUGACCUUCAAAAAGAAAUCCUGGACAUCUCCACAGUCCGAGUAAGCAAUCUAAAAGGGGAUAAGGAAGUUCUAUUUACAAUUGGAAGAUAUUGAUUAGUUUCAGAAGCUAGGAAGUCUGGUUUUCAAUUAUAAAUAUAUCCAGAGAACUGAACACCCCAAAUCCAAGAUCCUAUCCUCCCAACACAGUUUGCCACCACCAGUGGAAAAAGCUCUAAAGUGCUAUGAAAACUAUAGCUCAGCAGGUUUAAAAAAAUGGCAUUUGGUUGUAGCAGUGCUUUGUGGAUUCCACCCAUUAUUUCUGGAGAAGUGCUCCAAAAUGAGAGAAAAAAGCCCUUCGGCAGAAUUUCUCAGACAGGGAUCUUAUUUUCCCUGCAUUUCGUAUUUCUUUGCCAUGCAGCUCCUUCUCCUUUAUUGCCUUCAUGAGGCUUCUGCAUCUUUUCCAAUCAAGCAGAUUUGUGUGUAAUUUAUUAUUAGUUAAGAAUUAAUAGGCAACUGAAAGUAUAAUGCUACAUUUCCCCUCUUAUCUUUUGGUUUUCAGCAGCAUUAGGCACAGGAGUCCCAGCAUUCAAUUUGUCAUUUACACACAUUGUUUUGUCAUGUAAUAUAUUGUGAUGUUAGGCUACAAGAAACUUUAAAAAGCUCUUAACUGCUUUUGUCUGAUGUAUGUUUCCAAAAGAACCCAGUGCUAUUUAAUGAGCACCACUUACAGAUUUUUUUUUUAAAAAAAUACAUUAAACAGUUUAUAAAUGCUUUGAAAUGAAUAAAGGUACCCCUGCCCGUAUGGGCCAGUCUUGACAGACUCUAGGGUUGUGCGCUCAUCUCACUCUAGAGGCUGGGAGCCAGCGCUGUCCGCAGACACUUCCGGGUCACGUGGCCAGCGUGACGAAGCUGCUCUGGCGAACCGGCACCAGAGCAGCACACGGAAACGCUGUUUACCUUCUCGCUAUAAAGCGGUACCUAUUUAUCUACUUGCACUUAAGGGUGCUUUUGAACUGCUAGGUGGGCAGGAGCUGGGACCGAACGAUGGGAGCUCACCCCACCGCGGGGAUUCGAACUGCCGACCAUGAGAUCGGCAAGUCCUAGGCGCUGAGGUUUUACCCACAGCGCCACCCAAAUGAAUAAAAAUAAAUAAAAUAAUGAACAUCUCUCUUCUUAAAUAAGGUUUAUUUUUAUACUUGCAAUGCGUUUCCAUGUUUCACAUCCCCCUGAAAUGACAGUAUUUUGAAUUACACAUACAUGGUUCUUUUUAGCAGGGAUGUGAGCAGCAAUGCAAAUUAUACAGUUUGAAUUGCAUCUCCUUGGUAAAGCAAGUAAGACAGAGAGAGUACAUCACAAUGGCUUCUCUUUUUAUUGUGGAAUAUUCCUUCCCUCCUUCAUUGCAUUGGCUUUUGAAGCUGCAAACAUCAUGGUAUGAGAAAUCUGUAUAGAGGCAGUUAUGCACAGAAUGUGUGUCUUUUCCCACCAUGAAGUAAUUUAAAUAUGUGAGUGGAACUGAAUAGACAAGAAUGGAAAGUUAACACUGCAAUCCUAUGUAUUUUUACUCAGGAGUAACUCCUAUUAAUUUCAAUAAGACUUAAUUCCUAAUAAAGAUGUUUAGGAUUGCAGCCUCAGUGGAGGGCUACAGUCCCACUAACUAGACAAUGAAAUGUGGACAGAAAUUAAGGCUUUUGAGGGAGCAUCUAUAAGACUGCAUGUAGAACAGAAUAUCAGCACAUAAUACUUUAAUAUUUUAUGUGCUUCUGAAAGACACCAGUAUAAAGAAUGGGCCAUAUAUUUUGUUCUGCAUUGAAAGCUUCUGCUCUCCAUGGAUUCUAGCCAUCAUUAAACCGAAUUUUAGCCCAAAGAUUCCACUACAGUUUUAGGAUUCUUCCUUCAAGUUAGAAGUUGAAGGGCUGACAUAUAUAGGAAAGGAACAUAGUCUUCUCCAGGUUUAACUCAAAGAUCCUAUCAAAGUUUUAGAGACUCUUGCUUCAGAUGAAGUUUUACAGAGCUGUUCUGAUAGUGCUCCUUUUUUAGAAGAAGGCUUUUUUGUGAAAGCCUUCCCUCACGAGGUACCUUAAUAUGUUCCCAAAUAUUGGUAUGAAAAGGAACUUGGACUCUCUCAUAUCACCCAAAUCGUCCAUAAAAGGUGUUUCAGUGCAAUUCUCACUGAAAGGACGGUGUGUGUGUGUGUGUGUGUGUGUGUGUGUGUGUGUAAAUAGUGUUUUUUCAUCCAUAGCAUAGUGAAUUUUCAUUAGCAGUAUCUUGUAAUGGGGAACAAACACAUAUAUUUAACAGUUAUGUUAAACAGUUACAUAUAAUGUUUUUACUUGGAUGGGUGGAUGAUGAACAGGUAAGAGUUCAUUUCCCCCUAAGAGUUCAUUUUUACCAUUGUGUAGACUGGAAAAAUGCUAAUUCCCUGCAACAGCAGUGUUUCUAUAGCAGAGGACACCCGAAUCACCUAUAAGUUGGGUAGUAGCCAUAUUUCAGGAAGGCUGGUUCAAAAUAAUGUCAGAGGCUAAGGGGACAUUUCCAUUAUUCUAUUUUUCACGUAAGAAUUGCUGAGCGAUACAAGACAGCUGAUGUAAUGUACUUUAUUCUGUCACAUUUCACCACAUAUUGGCUGUACCCAUCAAUUUUUCAGGAAAUGGUUACAACAUGUGGGGAUGUGGAAUUGCUUUGUCAAAAUUAUGCUAUUUCUCUCAUUUUAAUCUCAAGAAAUAUUCAGCUUUCAGUGUGUGUAAUAAUUACAUCCUUCUCACUUUAAUUGUCCCCUACUGUUUCAAUUUGAGACUAUACUCUUCUUUAUUUCCUUCCCUCAAAUACCGUGCUGAGCUGCAACUCUUCCUGUCAGUGCUGGUGGGUCAUGAACCAACAGUUCCAUUCUUUUCUUUACCGGAGUUGUUAUACAGCUGGAUAUGUGUUAGUAUAAAGUGCUCUGAGACCUUGGAAAAGAAGAGCGCUCGACAAAAAAAGUGAGGUAUUGUGGCUGGAUUUGAAAGUGAAGUGGAAAACAGAGCAAAAACCAAAGCACAGAGGGCUCAGCCCAGUGGAAAUGUUGCAGACAGCCGUGUAAGUUCAUGGCAAUGAAUGAUAGAUGAGAUACGCUGGCAUUCACUCUGUGCUGGGAGCAAGCUUGGCAAAAAGAAAUAGCAGAAGUGAGAAGUUCGAAGAGAAAGAAGUUAGAUGUCUCAGUCAUUUUGCUACAGAAAACACAGUACAAAACAUCAGGGAGUGAACUUAGGAAGGCUUAGCUGAAAGUGCUUGCUCUGCCUAUAAGGACCUUAAUGGCCUAUACACAGGUCUACUGAAGGACUGCACCAUCUCAUAUGAGCCUACUUAAGGACACCUUCUGAAACCUUGUUCCAAGUGUCUCCUUUCACAGGUUUAAGUGGGUUUCCAAGGACAAGACUUUUUUCAGCUAGUACCCUUUCUAUGAAAUGCCCUCCAGAGAACUGUUUACCUUUUAGGUGGGAAAACUUUGGUCUCCAGAUGUUGCUGGACAAAAUGCUGUUUUGAUGUUGUCGUCCAAUGCUGUUUUGGCAGCCACCAGUUGCCCAUCUCUGCUCUAAAAUAAAUGUGGUGCAUUGCAUGAAAAAUACUUCAUUUUCUUUGACCUGAACCUAUCCACCAAUCAAUUUCACUGGCUGACCCCAAGUAUUUUGAGAGCAUGGGGAUGGAGCCAUUUUUCACACCAGAGGGGCUCUUCCAAAUGAUUAUUACACUGUAGAAGAACCUGGUUUAGCUAAGACUUAACUCUGCAGCAUUCUCAGCAUCUGCCAGCUGUUUCUGAGCUGAAGCAAAACUGGUUUGUCAAAACAAAUAGUAGGGACACGGCCAUCAAGAAGAGAAACCUUUAACCUUAACCUGUUUCAUUUUUUUCACCUGAAGAAUUUUUAAAAAGAGACAUUUUAUAUACACAAUUCUUUUUUUUCUUUUUUUUAAGGGAAAGAUUAGAAGGUUUAAGGAGAGAUUUCAAAUUAAACAGCUUAAUUUGGUGCUAGGCAAAUGAUCCAAAACUUCAGUAAAUAAUUCAUCUGCGCAACGUACAUCAUAUUGCAGUGGGGCCUGUGAUGCAAAUUGUGUCAAGGGGGGCUUGUUUUGUGCAGAGGCAUCUUAAUUCAGCGCACAAAGAUAAUCCAAACCCCCAUAAAUGAUUCAUUACUGGAUUGAGCACUGUGGAUUUCUCCACAGACAUGCUCUAUAGUGCAUUAAAUAUGCACGUGGCUUUUAUGAUGCAUAUUGGUAAAGUCUGAGUUUGGGAGAGAAGGAUAAUCAAUGCCUAUUUUAUCACACAGAUAACUUAAAACUGAGAGAGUCGAUAUCUAAGCACAACAAUGGAAAGCAACCACCUACCUGCGAUUAUUGCAGUAAGGCACAUAUAUGUGACAUUUCAUCACAAUAUAAUCACUUUGGAAUAAUUUCAGGAAUGCAGCAGCUUCAGAGACAUACCUGGCCCUAAGGUUCGCUACAGAUUACACAUUCAUCAUCCCUAUUUCCAUUUCACCCCUAGCUAUUGAUCAUUGAUCAUGCUUGCUGGGGCUCAUGGGAGUUAUGCGUGCAGCAACACCUAGAAGGCCCAAGGUUCUCCACACCUGGCUUAUGAACUGAUUUUACCUAGGAGAACUCCUCCAUGUAAAAUCCAAUCUUCAGGGAGGUCAGUGCCAAAAUAUAUAUAUCAGAGUUUGUAUUGGAUUGAGUUUGCAUUUUGCAUGCUCUGCACUGCACAGAAUGUGAAUUUACGUUUCUUUCAGGAUUGCACCAAAAUCAUUUUUAGGUGGACUAUUUUUUAUUUUAUUUCAUCUCCUCUACUUCAGUAUGUAAUAGUAUGUCAUAUAGAUAGAAUUGCUACUUCAGAUCAUGUUCCAGUAUGUCUUGCCAUGCAGUUAACUGAUGUUGCUUAAAUAAUAAUAAUAACAGUAAUAAUAAUAAUUUAUUAAUAUGCCACUCAUCUGACAGGGUUGCUCCAGCCACACUGGCUCUUGGCAUUUAAACACGGGGCUUCUGAAUAAUGGGGGGGGGGGUUAAGACAGAAGGGAGUUGAAUUUCAGGAAUAUUUUGAAAAUAAUGGAGGUACAACUUCUUCAUGUACUAUUGAAUGGUGAGCAUGUAAUGUAGAGAAAACAGUGAAUCCCUUUUUAAGUCUAUUUGCAGCAUCCCCUUCUCCAAAUCUGCAUCAAAGUUUACAACACGCUAAAUAUGAAUUUAAUAAUUUAUUGCCUGUUAAAGCUGAAUUUGCAUUGACAUAAAUAUGCCAGAAGUAUUGGGAACAUGCAAAUGUUCCAUCUGCGCAACCAUUGCAGUUCACCAGACAGAAUGACCCCCUUCCCCAUGCACUAUUUUGGGGGUUCUCCUAAAACGCCCCAGAGCCAAUUCCGUGGUGACACAGGGGUAGUGGGGAGGAGAGGGGGGAAGCUACGAUAAUAAACAUUUAAAAUGGCUACUACUAUGGAAAUUUUAUGCUAUGGCUUCAUGUAACAUCUGCUAUCAUCAGUCCAUGACAUCUCAUCCCAGCAAAAGCAAUAAAAUAAAACUACAACAUCACAACUCAAAGCAGAUGCAGCAAAACUAAAGGAUAAAUAAUAGAAAGAACUGUAAGUGAAGCCCUAGCCAGGCAAAAGCAGCAGCAAAAUUCAAUAUUAUUAAAAAAAAAAUCCUGCAGCAAAGUAAAAACUCCAGAUAGAAUAAAAACUACCAUGCUCCCCCAAAAGCUUCCUAGAAAGCAGAGUUUUUGCCACACGGUGGAAGCCAUUAAAAGGAGAGUGGGGAAACUCAAGCCAGGUGUCCAUCAGGAGCAAGUUCAAAAUCCUAGCCACAGCUAACCAGAGUUGUUAUACUUACAAGGCCACCCUCUGUCAUUGCUGUGAAACUACCUAUUCUUUAGCUCUGGAGCCUUUGUGCUUGUUUUAUUUAGUCAUCUUGCAUUGUUCUUCUGUCACUCAUUUUCUACCUCUCUUCUUAUGACAAAAAACGCUGCUCAUCAGCUGGGCUUUUUAGCAAAUAUAUUACUUAUAUUCUCACCUUCCUAAAAAACCCAAAUGUGUUUGCAUUCAACUUAGAAUUUGGAAACGAACCAGAAAAGUAAUGAAACGAGGGUGAAAGCACUGGUAGGAACCAUCUGCUAUAAUGAGGUCUAUUAAGAAAGUUACAUUGGUAUUCUAUUAAUCUUGAAAUAAUCUUUUAAUUCCCUCUUCUUAAAGGAUUUGCCUUCCUAUCUCAGCCACUGGCUGGCUUUGCUAUAGUUUUCUUUUGUGUUUCCUCAUUAUCCAAUCCUUGUUCCGAAAUAGCUGUAUCUUCAUUUUUAAUUACUUUUCUCCGCCUUCUCUAUAUUAAUCGGGCUAGUUAGGUCAUUAUCUUCUCUCUUCAGGCCUUUUUGAGCCAAUUUAUUGGUCAUUUUAGUGUAGACAAUUUCCCCCAAGCUGCAGGUAUAGGUACACGUCAAAUGAUUUCAUAGACAUAAGCUAAAUCUUUGAUUUAAUUACCACAUUGCUUCAUGAAGCAGAGCUGUUGUCCCUUUGGAUUCUCCAGAUAUAAUACCAUUAAGUUUUGACAUUGAAUCGGAACAAAUUAAAAACCACUUGGGCCAGGAAGCUGCUGUUCUGUGUGCCAUAGUAAUUGCAAUAAAUUGAGCACUGUAGAAUUUCAAGGGAACAUUAAACUGGAUCGAUUCCCCACCAUCCCCACCAUCACCCUGGUUAUAAAUGUAGCUCCUAAAAGAGUCUCAAGGGAUAAUGAAUGUCAGCGCACCACAUGGAAAUGGGAUAGCAAACUGAAUUUCUUCUCUGAUGUCGAGUUGGAUUCACGAUACAUCAAGAGGCUUACAAAACUCAUCUUAUAUAAGGGGGGAGUAGAAAAAACACUUAUAUCCAAAGAAAAAUUAUACUUUAAAAGCAAUAGAAGCUGUUAUACUCUAACUGGGAACAGGUUCAAAUCUUAAAAUUUGCAUGUGAGCAUAAGUGAAAAACCUAUUGGCAUGAUGGCACUCCAUAUGGAUGCUAUAAUGUUUGUAAACAGCCUACCAUAUUGCUGGGGCUAAUCUCACAAUGCAUCCCAUGCCUCACCUCUGCUUCCAGGAACAUAUGUUCAAAAAAUGCUCCUCCGGUCCACCUAGUUAACGGGUGAUUGUGAAAUCACCAUGGCAACUUGUGCUUGUGUUGAUACAGUCUAAAGAAAGGAGUUGAAUUACCAGGCUGGUGGCAUGGAAUUUUAGCAGAACAAUAUUGUUUAGUAAAUGUGAUUUCCUCGGAACUACACCCUUGUGUAACUAAUUGUCUUUGCUGUGUGGUUUUAAAGCAGUACCGUAGCAUUGGCUUCAUGUCUUAUAAAUAGGCAUGUCGUUGUAUAACUGAAGAUCCUCUCUCUAUACCAGACUGACUGUGCUCUGAGAUCUUCUCAGGAGGCUCUUCAAUGUCUUUUUUGCAAUUGAGGGAAGCUCAUUAUGUCUGUUAUAUACAUAACGACUGUAUGUUUGAUUGUGUACAGCUGCAUUAGGUAAUGCAGCAACAGUUACAUGAAAUGGGGGAGGAUGUUGGGAUUUCAUUCCUCCCGUUGCAGGAUGUGUAAUUGUUUUCAUCACAUGUCUGUGUUGACAUUCUGUACUGUUGGAGUCAUGAGAACGGAAGUUUCAGUUACACUGUUCCAUUAUGUUGUACUAUUGCUUUUCUGCUCUCUCGGAGAUGGAGAAAGGAGCCAUGUUUUCUUUUGUUCUUUUGUUCUGUUUUGUACAUAAUAAAGUAGCUUAGAAAUCCACAUCUCCAAUGCCUAGCUUCUGCUUGGACUCUGCUAUUGUAUUGUGUGCAUAUAUCUUUGGAUAUGUGUUCCAGAAGUGCAUCGGGAAAGAAGAGUGAUGAAUCAUCCCAAGGGUCGCUUGUGGGGGAGAACGUAGCUGCCUGGUAUUCUCUAGUUGGUGCAAGAAGCCCAGCAAGGUCUAUCUCCAUGUACCCAGGGCACCAACAGGUGAGACGGAACAUGAGCCUUCUCUGGAGGUGCCUGUAUCAUGGAAUCUCUUCUCACAAGCACAACUGGCACAAACAUUAAAAUUUUGGCAUCAGGCUAUUUACUUGUUUGCCCAGGCAUUAUAAAUUGAUGGUUAUUUAGCUUGCUCUCUUGCCUUGAGCUGUGUGUUUUGUUUCUCAAGUGAUAUGUAUUUUAUCAUUUACGUUUUGUAAUUUAUGUAUCACUGUAGAUGAAGAGUGGGUUGGAGACACUUUAAAUAAAUAAAUAAAAUUGUGAUAUGUAUCAGGUGCAGAAAUGCCCAUCUAUGUAUGCAUGCUUGAUUGCUUGUUAAUGAUCAGUGGUGAUCAGCUGAUGUGCUGAUGCUUCUAGAGCCAGAUGACAUUUAUUCAGUGGGUAAUAUCAGUGAGUAAAAGAUGUUACUUCAGUAGCCUAGCUACAAAGCAUGUAAGUUUGUCUGCGGUUUUAAAAAUUAAGGUGCCUGGGGAAAAGGUGGAAUGAUGAUGAUGAUGAUGAUGAUGAUGAUGAUGAUGCACAUAGCCAGAAUCCCAUCUGUCAGCCAUGAUGCCAUGGCAUCUUAGAAAAAGAAUGACAUGUUGUGAACAUUUCCGGAUGCACUCUGUAAACACAUAUGCACAAAACUUCAAAGAUGCUCCAAAAAUCAUAGGACAUAAUACAUGGAAGCUUUUAUCAAACUUAAUUUGGCUAACAGAUUCUGAAUUGCAAUAAGGUACUAAUGGGUCAGUCAGUUCACUCAUCCCUGCUUUGAAGGACUUCUUAAGUGAGAAGGAAUGUUAACCUUAAUACGUCUUUUUUUCUUUUUCUUUUACUUUGUCGCUCUUUAAAGAGCUGCCAUGUUUGCCAAGUUUCUCUGCAUCCCGGGAUUGUAUUUCUUAUGCCUUAUUUCUUUAGAGGAAUGUAAGUCUCUCUUGGUUGCUUCUCCAAAAGAUCUCUUUAACCUUUCAUUAAAUGUGCUGACAGCUGGUAUCAGUUCCUCAUGAAUUAGUUCAGUGCAUUUCCAUUUACAUAUGUCCCAACAGAAUUCAUUAGCGUUCCGUGCAGGUUCCUGUCCUCUGAUUUCCUUUGUAAAUUCAAACAUGAGCCAGAGUAAAUAAUUGGAAGUGAGGAUAUGGAGAGCAAGGUGGGGAAGAAGGAAUGCUCAGGUGCCUGUGUUGCACCUAAUUUACAUUUCUGGGGCACGGUCUCCAUAAGGCAGAUUUGCUCAGACUGGCUUCUCCAUUAUCUUGAGGAGUGCAUGUGUAUGAUGCAUUAUAACUUUUCAGAAUGAUAUGUCAGAUAGGUUGGGAGUGUUUGAAUCAAAUCCUGUCUGUUCAUUGGUCAAAGGAGGCAUUCCACAUUGUGCACUACCCUUACAGAAGGUGCUUUUCCACUUCUAGUUACCCCCCUACUGCGGUUGUCUCCCCCUUUCAGCCCCACCAACUUGCUAUAUCUGGAAGAAAGAGUAACAGACAAGUUGUAACUGCACCACGGUUAUUUCUCAUUCUUCAAGACUGGGCAAAAUGCCCGGUUAACAGCUUGGAGGCAACAUCAGACAACAUGGAGGCAGUUGACAAACAGGAACGAAGGUAUGGUUUCCAUCGCAAGACCAUGGUGCAAACUGCGCUAAUGGUUCUAGCUGUCUUAGGAUAUUGAAUAACAGGACUGCAAAAAUGUUGGGGAAAGAAUUUGAGUAAUGGAACAGAAUGCAUAGGAAAGUGCCUAUGAAAUCAAUCUCAGCAAAGAUUCAAGAAUCAACUCUUAAACUUUAGGUAGCACUAUACACUUGUAAUUUUUUCAAACAUUAACCCUAGUCUGUCUGCAAAAUGCUGUAAAAGAACAGAAAGGCAUGUAUUUCCAUUUAUUGUGGCAGUGUGCAACAUUCUCAUGGACAUGUUACUUCCAAAGAAAAUGACUGAAUAAACUGAAGGCAAUGGCCACACUGAAUCUACCAAGAUACAGAGCCUAGAUGGUUCACAAUAACUGAUCAGGUCACUGAAGCUGCAGUUCUAUGUACACCUACCCAUUAAACUAAGAAUUAUAAGUACUUGCAUAGGCUUGUGCUGUUAGAGUAUCAAACUCUUUAAAAUGCAAAUAUUGUUCAUGAGCUAAAACAAAAAAUCAAACAUGAGCUAGCUCAAACACAUGGAGGAGAGCACUUCUCACUUGCAUUUCUGGGGCAGUCUGCACAAGGCACAAGUCCUCAUCAUUAGGCAAUACAUGAAUAGUUUACUUAAGGAUUUGAUUUAUUUUAAACAUUUUUAAUAGAUUUAACCAAUUUUUAUUUUUAUUGUAUUGCAUUCCUUGUACACCACUUAGAGACUGCUGUAAUUAAGCAGUGCUGUAUAUACAUUGUCUAAAUACAGUGCUACUACCAUUACCCAUAACAAUAAUUCCGCAAUGCUUCUUUACAUAUUAAUCACUAGCAUGAUUAAAAUGUAUUACUUGUAAAAGGAUUUGCAUGAUGUAAGCUAAACAGCUAGAAAUUUGAGGAAGAAAAUGUUUAAGUAAUAGAGUUUAGCAUUAUUAGUAAUUGAUGAAAUAGCAGAAUACUACCAGAUGGAAAAUAGACCAACAUGCUGUUGCUGCUGCUGCCACAGCUGCAACUAAUAUAACAGCCACUGCCAUUAUUUACCAUUCAUUUUAUGCUUAGUACAGGAUUUUAAAAUUACACAUGAAAGGUGGAAGCAGGGAAGAGAGCCCAAUAAAAGAAGAGAAGCCGGGGGGGGGGGGAGAGAGAGAUGAAGUGGUUAGUUGGCAAAUAGAUGCAAUAGGGCGAUCAGCAUAAGUUAUGCAAUCUAUCAUUCAGGAAUGCUUCUUCAAAAUGCUUCCAUUCAUGGAUCUUGAAUUUGUAGCUAGAUUUGAAUGUAAAAAUGCAACUGCUACAGAGGAAACAUUCCAUUCUCUCCUCCUGUUUCAGCAAGUGUUUGUUCGGGUUCUUCAUGUGUGUUUAAGCUGCAAAGACAAGCACGAGUCUUUUAAAGCUUAUAGUAAAUAAGUACACGGUUGUUUUGUUUAACUUAUUCAUUUAGCUCAGUUUCUUUCACUAUACUGUAGUUCCGGUGCCAAAUUAAGAUUGCCAACCCACAAAUGGGUAAAAGUAUUGUACAAUACAUGGAUUUAGUUGGGCCUGAAAGUCAUUGGAGUCUGUAAGUGUAGUGGUUGUGUCAACAUACAUCUUAGGAUAACAGAUUUCUUAGGAUAGUAAAAAAUAAAUAAAUCCUAAUUACUCCACCCCCCCCUUCAAUAUUAGCAUCUAAAGCCUACGGGAUAGCAUCUAUUGGAUAAGUGCAGAACAAUUACUAUGGCCACAUUGAUAUUUCCCAAGAAAAGAACUCAAGUCCUGCCCUGAGGCUUACUUAUAGUCUAAAAGAAAAAUUGAAAAAUGACAGGGCUAUUGGGUAAGGGUAAUAAACACAAAGGGAAAAGGAGAAUAAAUAGAACCAGAAACGUUAGUGUGGGCUCAUAUAAAAAUUAUUAUGUCUCUCUUUCAAUUAGACACAAAAAAGAAUUGGUUUGCAAACUAAACUCUAACCUUUUGGUUUCGUCAAUGUGGUAUUUUCUAAUCUUUUUACCUAGAGAGGGAAUGAAGAUUGAUUAGUUUUAAGAGGAACAUCUAUUCUAGGACAGUAUGAUGCAAUUUAGUGAACCAACAGACUUGGCUAAGUCAUAAUACACAACUCUUGAGGAGUAGAAAACUUUCACUAAAAGCAACAGGAAUAGCAUAGCAAGCAGUCAGGACUCUUCUUUGUGCACAACUGAAAGACCACACAGAAAGAGAUUGCUGAGGGUGACUUCAAAGAUUCACCCAAGAGGGUUUCAUGCACUGGAAGAAAAAUGGAGCACUGAAAGUGGCAAGGCUCCCUAUUCCUUAAUAAUCAUAGGAGUCAUGGGCUGCAGUGCUAGAGAAGAGUGUGCAGCUUUUAAGAAAGAAGAGAAAAGAGAAUAAAGCUCUGUGAAAUUGGAGGGACAUUGCUGCAGGAACACAGUUUUGUUCAACAUUCUGGUGCUUCACAACCACUUGAGUUGUUUUUUAUGCUGAUAGUCUACUCUGUUUAAAUACAAUUUUAUUUUGGUGUAUAUUGCUGUUUUAUGGUGCUGAUUAUGCAUGAAUCUGAUAGCUUUGCUUAAGACUGGUGCAAGGGCUCAGUCCUACACACACUUACCUGGGAGUAGGGAUUGGGGGGGGGGAGUUCAUUUCAGUAUGCAUUUAAAGCCAAAUCUAUGCAGUCUGCACUUUCUCAAACAAUAUACAAACAGAAAUGCAGCCAUCCUUAUCUGGUGCAGUUCUCCAGCCAAGCAAUGUUUACAAAGAUUAAUGUACGUAUUGGGGAAAGUGCAUAAAAAUGAAGAUGUUUGUGAAAAUAACAUACAAAAAUGCUGGGAAAAUUGCUUGUAAAAAAGAGUCCAUACAGUGGUACCUCAGGUUACAUACGCUUCAGGUUACAUACGCUUCAGGUUACAGACUCUGCUAACCCAGAAAUAUUGCUUCAGGUUAAGAACUUUGCUUCAGAAUGAGAACAGAAAUCGUGCUCCGGUGGUGCGGCGGCAGCAGGAGGCCCCAUUAGGUUAAGAACAGUUUCAGGUUAAGUACGGACCUCCAGAACGAAUUAAGUACUUAACCCAAGGUACCACUGUGGUGGUCAAAACUGCAUAUAAAAAUGUAUUGAUUAGGAGAAAUUCACACUAAAAUGCUGAUUUCUUUUACACUUUUAUGUAGAAAUCUUUAUCCCAGUUUGCAUCUGUAUUGGAUUUGAAUUAUUAUUUUUUGUUUGUUUUAAAUUGUUUUAAAUUACUUUAAAUAUUGAGUUGGUUUUAAUGGUUUUUGUUGAUGUUUUUACUAUUAAAUCACUUGAAGAUUUUUUAAUUGAUAAAUAUAAUCAAAUGAAUAAAAUAAAUACUCUCUCUCCUCUCCAGCAUGGAAGGAAGGAAGGAAGGGAGGGAGGAACCAACCAACUAACCAACCAACCAACCAGCGAAGAGAGAAUGGUCUAUGAAAUGUCAGAGGCAUUCCUGGAAUGAGAAUGAGUUGUCUUGCUAGUGUGCUCUAGGACUAGAUUAGCAAACUAGAGCUUUGUUAGGGGAAAGUUCCAAAAGAUUUCUUCAGUACCAAGCAUUUAUUUAAUACAGAGUACAAACUGCAUAUUUCCUACUUACGUCUCAUUAGCAGUACUGCUGGAAUCAAGAUGAGAACCAAAAGCACAAUAGCACCAAGAAUCAGCACUUCCUAACAGGAAAAAAUACAAACCAAAUAGGCUUUUAAAACUGUUAUGAUCCAGGUUACGUUUGCCAACAGACAAGGACACCUGGGCACCAGUGUUCUGGCCCGAAGCUCCAGUUGGUGGGCUGAAAGGAGUGGAUCGAUCAGCACAUUUCACUUGAGUUGGAUUUUGUGAUCCAACCCACUCUAGCUUCCAAAUAUACGAGUUCACUUUUCUUUUACAUUUAAAGAUCAGAACUAGAGAUGUAAGUAAAAGAACAUUUACACAUGCUGGGGACAAGCUUUCAAUAGAUUUCUCUUUCACCUGGAUCAGGGUGCAUCUUUGAGGGUGUAAAUUGGAACAGCCUUGUCAUGGUAAUCCCUUGUGUGCUUACAUUAUGGCC